AUGACCAACACUCCUCACGGCGGCGUUCUCAAGGAUCUUGUAGCCAGAGAUGAACCAAUCUCCGCGCAACUGAGAGAAGAAUCUCUUUCACUUCCGUAUCUUGUUCUGACAGAACGACAACUAUGCGACUUGGAGCUCAUCACGAACGGCGGUUUCAGUCCUUUGGAGGGUUUCCUGAACGAGGCAGAUUACAAGAAUGUUGUUGAGAACCUGCGUCUCGCAAAUGGCACUCUGUUCCCAAUUCCCGUCACCCUUGAUUCUUCCCAGGCAGAUAUUGAUCGACUCGCCAUCGCAUCAGGAAGCCGUAUUGCGCUCUUGGAUCCUCGUGACGAAGAGGCGCUGGCCAUUAUCACCGUUGAGGAUAUCUACAAACCCGACCAGGUCAAAGAGGCCAUUCACGUCUUCGGCGCUGACGAUCCUGCUCACCCAUCUGUCGCUUACCUGCGCAAUCGAGUGAAGGAGUUUUACAUUGGUGGAAAGGUUCAGGCUAUCAAAGCUCCUGCUCACUUCGACUACGUAGCCCUGAGAUAUACCCCCGCCGAGCUUCGUGCUCACUUCAAAAAACUAUCGUGGCGCAAGGUCGUUGCUUUCCAAACACGGAACCCGAUGCACCGAGCCCAUCGCGAACUGACCGUUCGGGCCGCACGUCAACGACAAGCUAAUGUUUUGAUCCAUCCUGUCGUUGGUCUAACGAAACCCGGUGAUGUGGAUCAUUACACUCGCGUACGCGUAUACGAGGCAAUCAUGCAAAAGUAUCCGAAUGGCAUGGGACAUCUAGCGCUUCUCCCGCUCGCCAUGAGAAUGGCAGGACCGCGCGAGGCGGUUUGGCAUUCCAUCAUUCGCAAAAACUACGGUGCAACGCAUUUUAUCGUUGGCCGCGAUCAUGCCGGCCCCGGAAAGAAUUCGCAAGGAAAGGACUUCUACGGACCGUACGACGCGCAAGAUCUGGUUAUCAAGUACCAUGAUGAGCUACAGAUAGAGAUGGUCCCCUUCCAGCAGAUGACAUACCUGCCCUCGACCGACGAAUAUCAACCAGUCGAUGAGGUACCGAAAGGAGUUCAAACCCUCGACAUCUCUGGGACCGAACUCCGAAAGCGUUUGAGGACCGGCGCUUCCAUUCCAGAUUGGUUUAGUUAUGAUGCUGUGGUCAAAGUUUUGAGGGAGAGCUACCCGCCCCGCAAUAAGCAGGGCUUCGUCCUCUUUUUGACAGGUCUCCACAACUCUGGCAAAGAUACGAUUGCAAAGGCCUUGCAAGUCACCCUUCAUCAACAAGGAGGUCGGAGCGUUUCGCUAUUGCUGGGUGAAACCGUCCGACAAGAGCUAUCCCCCGAUCUGGGGUAUUCAGCGGACGACCGACAUGAAAAUGUCCAUCGUAUCGCAUUCGUUUCUGCCGAGCUGACCCGGGCAGGUGCUGCCGUCAUCGCAGCCCCAACAUCCCCUCAAGAGCGGUCACGUCAGCUCGCGCGCGACACCAUUCUGCAAACCGGCGGUUCAGGCGCGAACUUCUUCCUCAUCCAUGUCGCGACUCCUCUAGAGCACUGUGAGAAGACAGAUCGUCACGGGCUCUACUCGAAGGCGCGCAGAGGGGAUAUCAAGGGAUUCGCAGGGAUCGAUGAGGUAUACGAGACACCCGAGGGGGUGGAUUUGACGGUUGAUAUGACAAAACAGAGCAUCUCAGAGAUUGUCCACAGCAUCGUCCUUCUCCUCGAGACGAAUGGGCUGCUAUAA